AUGUCGACGACUCAGGAACUGCUCCAACAGUACGCGGGCCGCCUGUUACCGCUCUCCUUCAGCCCCGGCUUCGUCUGUCUGAGCUAUGCCAUCAGCCUUGUCGGUACGGGCUCGACGCUCGAGCUGAUGCGCCGACGCACGUCACACAGGGGCCUCCAUAACCUGAUGCUCUUGGCAGGCGCAGCCAUAUCCAUGGGAGGCAUCGCCAUCUGGUCCAUGCACUUUAUUGGCAACAGGGCGAUAUACAUACUCGACGGCCGCGAAGACGUACAGAUCUCCUACUCGACGGGCAUGACCAUCUUGUCCUUGCUGGUGCCCAUCUUUGUGCUUCUCCUGGCUUAUCUCGCCGUCAGCGUCAACGGUCGGAUCCGGUGGUGGCGGAUAGGUCUUGCCGGCUUGCUGUCCGGCGGUGCCAUAUGCGGCAUGCACUACCUGGCCGACGCGUCGAUCAGCAACUACCAGACAUCGUACCAGGUCGGCUACGUUGUCGGCGCCGCCCUCAUUGCCGUGUCGGCCAGCACGGCGGCCCUGGCCCUCUUCUUCGUCUUCGAGACGGCAUGGAAGGUCGUCUGGUGGAAGAGGAUAGGGUGCGCAAUGGUGCUCGCCGGCGCCGUAUCUGGGAUGCAUUGGUGCGCCGCCGUCGGCACGAGCUACCGGCUGCUCCACGUCCACGUCGUCAACCAGGGAAUGUCGCGGCGCGAGACCUUGAUCAUGGUCAUAUGCCUGUCUGUCGCCGCCUGUGUCGUCCUCACAAUAAGCGCCAUCUACUCCAGCUGGAUCAGGAGAGACUAUGCCAGCAAGUCACAGCAGGUUGUCCUGGCGGCAGCCGUCUUCGACGAGCACGGCAGGAUCAUGGUCAACCAGGAAGGCUUCCUUCCCAGCGAAGUCGUGACGGAUACGUUUAUUCCAAGGUCUCACAACGAAGUCUUCGACACGACGCAUUCGCUCUUCCAGUGGAUGUAUCGCGCCUCUCGCAACUGGGGCAGCAUCGCCACCCUAACAGACAAGAUGACGAGCCACAUCAGCCAUCUGGCGCAAGACAGGCACAACAGCAGGGCACGAGUCAAGCUCGUCGAAGAGGACGGCUCGUUGGUCCCCGACUACGAUGGUCUGAUUUGCGAGCUCUUUAGCCUCGCGGCCCUUGCUCUGGCAUCCAGGAUGAAGGACACCCUCAUAAAUGCCGGCACGUUGUGGGAGGAAAUCUUUGUCACGGGCAACAACUCGGGCCGCGCCGCCUCGUCGCCGCUGGAUCGCACCAUUCCGGGGCGCUCAUCCUCGCCCAAGGACAUGUACGGCCGUGGCUGUCUGAUGUUGCUCAUUCGGCACGUCAACUCCCGGAGAGACCUGGACAGGUUGGAGGCGGCCGGAUAUCGAUUCGCAGAGGUCCAUCAAGUCGUCGGCGUCAUUCAGUCCAGCAUGCAGAUCAUAAGCCUGAAUUUCGCGUCGAGGCUGCACAGCAUGUCGGCGGAUGGCAACCGGGGCGCGACCCUACCCGCUGGGGUCCAUCUCGGCAUAUUCGCAAUCCGAGCCCGGCUGGACCACUGCGGGUUCGACGUGCUCGUCCAGAAGGAGGCCAAGAAUCUCUUGCCCGCCACGGCGCUCCCAUUUCAGCGUCUGGAACCAUGGCAGGCAGAGUUCAUCGGCCGCUUCCGGGGUCUGACGCCGACGGCCAUCGCCACCUGGCUCGACAAGGACGAGGGCCUCUCUCCGCGCCAGGCCCGCCUGGCCUGCCAUCUGCGAGCCGCCAUGGCAACGCUCCGGGAGUCGUUGGGCGAAAUGGCCUUUGGAGAGGCCACGCUCAUGUCCCAGGUGGUGCAGGCCCCCUGCACCACUCGCCCGGACAGCCAGCUGUCGACGUGCUCCCUCAUCACAUUUCGGAUGGUCCUCCCCAUCCACACAAUCGCUCGCGUCCCGCAGUGCGAAUUCAUCCCUCUGAGCUUUUUCCGCGUGCAGCAGCUGGUUUACCGAAACUCGCCUCAUCACGUUGAGUUCUCGCACAUGGUGCACCGCGAGCUCUCGUCCAUCCUGCACAACGUUCCCAGUGCACUCACACACAAGAGUCAGGGAAGACCUCCCUCGAGCCGCACCCGUGCCUGGAUGCAAAGAUUCCGAGUCGACCGUGGCCAAGGACCAGACGUCAGUCUCCAGCUGGCGGCCAGAAGUCAAGAGCAGCUGUCGACGACGUUGGGCUCCAGCUCGCCGGGAACUCCCUGCGCCAAGAUGAGCUUCGAUGAGUAUCGUAAAAGCCGCUCCGACAGCAUUUCAUCGCCCGCCAGCCGCAUGUCGCCUACGCCAACCAUAGACACGCACGGCCACGACAACAAGCAGCUGUUUGGCGGCAUCAUGGUCUCUCAACAGAUUAUGGUUGACGUCCAGGAGCUCCCCGACAACGAGGCUUCCCCGCGCAUUCCGCACGGCGAGCACGUCAAGAACGAUACGGAGUCUUUGAAACGGGACGGGAAAGAAGGCUCUGCCUUUUCGACCAUAGCGGUCGGCGAAUCCAGCGCCACCAUGGCCAGGGAACAAGGUGGAUCGGCUUUUAUCGACCAGCUGCUCGCACUAUGCUUGGAGAGACCUGGUACUUAG